GUGGUUUCUCUGAGUUAAAGCCACAACCCGCCUCCCCUCCUGUAUAAUCCCAUCGGCAUCCUCCCCAAAACCCUCAUCUCCUCCUCCCAUGUUCCCGCCACGUCGCCUUUUCCAUCCUCAAAACAGCCUAAAAGGCUAAAACUAUUAUCCACCAGCGACCGAGUCGCACAAAAAUGUGGUUGAAGAAGGAUAGCCGGAGCAGCAGUGAACGAGAUGGACCGGUUUCGAGCUCCAUUGAAUGCUACGCCUGUACUCAAGUUGGAGUCCCGGUUUUCCAUUCCACCAGCUGCGACAGUGUCCAUCAACCUCAAUGGGAAGCUUACGCUGGUUCAUCAUUGUUCCCCAUGGAGGCCACAUCUGACCCGAUUAAGAAUUUGACCCGAGCUCGGUACACCACGGGUCCGUUUGGGAAAAUCUUGGACCCACGUAGUGGGUUGGUUCGGAGGUGGAAUCCAGUUUUGUUGGUUGCACGAGGCAUUGCUUUGGCGGUGGACUCGAUGUUCUUUUACACUUUGACUUUGAUGGUGAUCGAUGACAGACCACCGUGUGUGUACUUGGACGGUGGGCUGGCGGCGAUCGUGACGGUGGUUAGGACCUGUGUGGAUGGGGUGCACUUGUGGCACCUUUGGCUUCAAUUCAAGAUGGCGUAUGUGUCGAAGGAGUCAUUGGUGACUGGAUGCGGGAAACUGGUGUGGGAUGCUCGAGCUAUUGCUUCUCACUAUGUGAGGUCCCUCAAAGGCUUUUGGUUUGAUGUUUUCGUUAUUCUUCCUGUUCCACAGGCGGUAUUUUGGUUAAUUGUGCCGAAAUUGCUGAGAGAGGAACAAUACAAGCUAAUAAUGACGAUACUUUUAGUAAUUUUCUUGUCCCAAUUCCUCCCAAAGGUGUACCAUAGCCUUUGUUUAAUGAGGAGAAUGAGGAAAGUUACAGGUUAUAUAUUCGGUUCCAUUUGGUGGGGUUUCGGACUUAAUCUCAUCGCCUACUUAAUCGCAUCUCAUGUUGCCGGCGGAUGCUGGUACGUCCUAGCGACACAACGUGUAGUCACGUGCCUCCAACAACGGUGCGAAAGAAGUGCUCGUUGCGAUAUAUCUUCCUCUUGCUCUAAGGUAUUUUGCAGUACUCAAUAUCUGUCGCCGGCAAAUAUGUUGAAGAUGAGUCGAUGUGGAGGGAACUCGACAUUGAUGACCAAGUCGUUUUGUUUUGAUCCCGAAGGAGUAUUCCGAUACGGGAUCUACGAACCUGCCCUUCCAGUCAUUUCUAGCAACUCUCUGGCUGUUAAGAUUCUCUAUCCUAUAUUUUGGGGUUUAUUGAACCUGAGCUCAUUCGGAAACGAGCUUAGCCCAACAAGUAACCCUUUAGAGGUGGUAUUCAGCAUUUGCAUUGUCCUUGGGGGCUUGCUCCUCUUCACCUUAUUGGUAGGGAAUAUUCAGGUAUUUUUACAUGUGGUUAUGGCGAACCGGAAAAAAUUGCAGUUAAGGCGUCGAGAUAUCGAAUGGUGGAUGAGAAGAAGGCAGUUGCCUUCCGGUUUAAGGCAACGAGUACGCCAUUUCGAAACCCAAACAUGGGAUACCAUGGGAGGUGAAGAAGAGAUGAAAUGGAUCGAAGAGCUUCCCGAUGGGCUUCGGAGAGACAUUAAACGCUAUCUUUGCCUCGACUUGAUAAAAAAGGUACCACUUUUCGAUAGCUUAGAUGAUCUAAUCCUCGACAACAUAUGCGAUCGUGUGAAGCCUCUCGUUUACUCAAAAGAUGAAAAGAUAAUACGAGAAGGAGAUCCAGUGCUACGAAUGGUGUUUGUCGUUAGCGGGCGAGUUAAACGUAGCCAAGGCCUCAGCAAAGGCAAAAUAGCCACGAGUAUACUCGAACCAGGUGGAUUUUUGGGUGACGAACUCCUUUCGUGGUGCCUUCGUCGCCCGUUUAUAGACCGUCUUCCAGCCUCGUCGGCAACAUUCACUUGCAUUGAAUACACGGAAGCGUUCGGACUCAACGAGAAUGAUCUCCGGUACAUUACCGAACACUUUAGGUACCGUUUCGCCAACAAUCAGCUCAAAAGAACGACAAGAUAUUAUUCAUCAAACUGGAGAUCAUGGGCUGCUGUGAAUAUACAAUUUGCAUGGCGAUGCUAUAGGAUGAAGAGUAAAUCAGAUCCGUCGAUUCCUGUAAUACUUAAUGGUGGAAAUGAAGAUCGACUUAGAAAAUAUGCUGCACUGUUCAUGUCAUUAAAGCCACGUGAUCAUCUUGAAUAAGGAAAAAUAAAAUAAAAUCUUUUUGGUUCGUCCAAACCGGAUGGUCAAGAACCGGCGUGCAUGGACCGUGACAGAUAUACUUCUUUUUUCUUUUGUGAAAGGUGAAAAUAAUGUAUAAUAAAAGUUGUAGAUUGAAAAUUAUACUUGUGUUUAUAAUAAAACCUUUUUGUUGGAGUUUA